AUUGGAAAUCAUGAAUUCCAAAACUAUAUUGAAGGAAUCAAAGUCCAUCAAAAUUUAAAAAACCAAGAGUCCAACCUUUUGGAAGAAGCACAAGAGUUGGAAUCAAUGGCAUCCUAUAAUGCAAUGCGAUUCAACAAUGAAGAAGAGGUGGAAUUUCUGUUAGACAGGGCAGAUAGCCUACGCAGUCAAGCUAAUGACUUAACACUACGUAUGGCCUUGGUCUCUGUUCCAGUAAUACCCAAUGAGGAUGGUCCCUGUGCGCAAGAACUAGCAAGAGUACUCAAGAAAAUAGGGGCUGAAAGACAAGCCUACCAUGGAGGUAGUUUCAAUGGAAAUCACACAAAUAAAUGUCUGAAGGUUACUAGUAUAGAUCAACUGAAAUAAAUACCUAUCCUGGUAUGCAGUCAAUUGCUGAAAAAAGAUGUGACAGAAGCUGAUCUAAUUUCUGACAAGUUYGGACAAGUUCUUCAAACCUUUGGCAAAGUACACAGAACUCUAAAUAGCUCACGAAAGCUUGAAGAAAAUGAAAUAGCUGAGUUAG